GCCCCCGCUCCCCUUUUCCCCCCGCUCCCUUUCCCCGCUCCGUCCCCCUUCCGUUCCGUUUCCCCGCCCCGGGGCGGGCGCAGCGGGUGACGCGAUCCGGGCGCGCCGGGCGCGGGCAUCAGCGGCGAGAUGGAGAUGGCGGCGGCGGCGCCGCCGUGCCCGGGGGAGCCGGAGCGGCUGGACUUCCUGCGGGAGCGGCACGUGCGCUUCUUCCAGCGGUGCCUCCAGAUCCUGCCCGAGCGCUACUCGUCCCUGGAGACCAGCAGGUUGACAAUUGCAUUUUUCGCACUCUCUGGUCUGGAUAUGUUGGAUUCCUUAGAUGUGGUGAACAAAGAUGAUAUAAUAGAAUGGAUUUAUUCCCUUCAGGUCCUUCCCACAGAAGACAGAUCAAACAUGAAUCGCUGUGGAUUCAGAGGUUCUUCAUAUUUAGGGAUGCCAUUCAAUCCCUCCAAGGGUCCCGGUAUAUCUCAUCCCUAUGACAGUGGGCACAUAGCAAUGACUUACACAGGAUUAUCAUGUCUGGUUAUUCUUGGAGAUGAUUUAAGUCGAGUAAAUAAAGAUGCCAUACUGGCAGGACUGAGAGCUCUCCAGCUGGAGGAUGGAAGUUUCUGUGCAGUGCUGGAAGGAAGUGAGAAUGAUAUGAGGUUUGUGUACUGUGCUUCCUGUAUCUGCUACAUGCUCGAUAACUGGUCAGGCAUGGAUAUGAAGAAAGCAAUAGACUACAUUAGAAGAAGUAUGUCUUAUGAUAAUGGCCUGGCACAGGGAGCUGGACUGGAAUCUCAUGGUGGCUCUACAUUUUGUGGUAUUGCAUCACUGUGUUUGAUGGGGAAACUGGAGGAAGUUUUUUCAGAAAAAGAACUGAACAGAAUAAGAAGAUGGUGUAUAAUGAGGCAACAGAAUGGCUACCAUGGACGACCCAACAAACCUGUAGACACUUGCUAUUCCUUUUGGGUGGGAGCGACAUUGAAGCUCUUGAACAUAUUCCAAUAUACAAAUUUUGAGAAAAACCGAAAUUACAUCCUGUCAACUCAAGAUCGCCUUGUUGGUGGAUUUGCCAAGUGGCCAGACAGCCAUCCAGAUGCUUUACAUGCCUACUUUGGGAUCUGUGGUUUGUCAUUAAUUGGAGAAUCUGGUAUUUGCAAAGUUCAUCCUGCCCUGAAUGUAAGCGCAAGAGCAUCAGAGCGUCUUCACCACCUUCAUCAGAUCUGGAAAACGGACUUUAAACAGCGUUCAGAUGACACACACCUCUCUACAUGACUGAUUUAGACUUGAAUUUAGUUCUGGUAGCAUAAUUGUAGCCCAGGGUUAAAAGCCAUGUAUAACCAAUGUGCUCUUUUAAGUACUGGAGUCAUACAAUCAGAUCUGUGUUGCUGGCAUCACUUUGAUAGGGAGUUGCCUUCAGCAGGUUAUUCUGCAUUGUGAAAAGGGGAAUAUUUUGAUUAUAUAGAAGUUUGUCACCGCAGACUGUAAAUGGCUUUUCAGAUGGCUUUACUUCUGAGAAAUCCCUUGAGGCGUUUAAACUUCAUUUUAAUUUUAUUUUUUUAAAUUUGUGCAUACUGUGUCAAAAUAUAUAAUGGGGAAAUAUUUUCAAAAUUGUUUACAUAUCAUACAGUAUAGCACAGAACAUUGAAGUUCUUUAUAAUCUUACUGUUUGACAUAUUUUUGGGUAGAGAAUCUCUCAUAUUAAGUCUCAGUUAAAAGUUACCUAUUAUCAUCAACUUUCAGAUUCCAUAAACUUUGUUUUUCACAAACAAAUUAAUUAAAUACAAAUAAAAUUAUUUUAUUCAAUAUACUGGA